AUGCAACACAACGGAUUCUCUGUCUUGCUUAACCCGGAUGCGGCAACAAGCGAUCAACAAAUCGAAAAGAUGAACGCGGCUGCAACUCGUCAGUUCGCCCGCUUGUGGGCAGAGAGUGGAGUGCAGAGAGAGCUACGUCUGCGGUACCGACACACGCGACGAGUGACGCGCGGUCAGGGGGGUCGCCGGGAAGUCUUGCGGAGAAGACUCCAAGGAAGAAUGCUAUUGCGACAGCAGAAAGAGCAGGUCAGCAAAAUUCAGUGGCAGGAGCCUCUGCACCUGAAAGCCCACCAGUUGGAGAUGCUUUUAAAGGCGCUAAGGGCCAAUGGAGAAGCAGAAGCGCGGAAAAGCAGUCAGACAGCAGAGGCUGCGGCUGCAGCAGCGGCUGCUGCCGGUUUCUCGACCUGA